AUGCGGUAUUCUGUGCCUGCACCCCUGCUGGGCUUGGUCAUCCCCUUGGUGCACGCCGCCCCUGCAGUCAUUCUCGAGGAAACGAAGGGAAUACCGCCCGGAUGGGUGUUCCUGGGAAAUGCUAGCGCCUCGGACCGGAUGACGCUUUUCGUGGCCCUGAAAGAGCCGGGAAUCGAGGAACUAAAGGCCAAGCUCAACCAGCGCCGGGACGUGGACCAUCCGUCAUUUGGCCAGCAUUUGAGCCGAGACGAGGUGGCCCAGUAUCGCCAGCCCGGGGACCAGUCGAGUCGCGCGGUCCUCGGCUGGCUGAGAUCCGAAGGAAUCCGGAACAUCCACAACCAGGGCAGUCUCAUCAGCUUCGAGGCAUCGGCCCAAACGGUCAAGACUCUGUUCCACGCCGAGCUAGGGUACUACGCAUACGAGGAGAGCAACGCGGCGCCGGUGCUGCGGGCGCAGUCCUACACGAUCCCGGCGUGGCUGUGCGACUAUAUCGAUUUUAAGCCCUUUUCGACGAUCACGUCGACGACGACGACCACCACCAGAAGCACCACAUCCGCCAUCUCGAGCAGCAGCAGCACCCUGGCGCCCAAGCCCACGCCCGACACCCCGGACAACACGAUCAACCCUUUUCCCAACCUGCCCUGUCUAGCGGCGACGGUGCCGGACUGCAUCAAGAAGCUCUACAACAUCACCUACUCUCCGUCCCCGCCCGGGAGUCCGAGCCCGGUGCGCUUCGGGGUGGCCGGGUUCCUGGAGCAAUGGGUGCUCCACUCGGACGUGGACCUCUUCCUCGACACGCUGGCGCCGACGGUGCCGCGGAGGAUGAAUAAUAAUAAUAAUAAUAAUAAUAGUUAUUACAACUUCACCGUCGAGCUCGUCAACAACGGCACCAACCCGCAGGACUCGCCGCGCAACGCCGGGCUCGAGGCGUCGCUCGACGUCGAGUACGCCAUGGCGCUCGCGUACCCGGCCAACGUGGUCUUCUACAGCACGGGCGGGCGGGGCACGAUGCUGGACGCGGGCACGGGCACGGGCGUGGCGCUGCCUCCCGUGUCGCAGAGCGACAACGAGCCGUUCCUCGAGCUCCUGCAGGCGCUGCUGGCCAAGCCGGACGGGGAGCUGCCGCACGUGCUGAGCAUCAGCUACGCCGACGACGAGGUCGGGGUGCCGCGGGCGUACGCGCGGCGGGUGUGCGACCAGUUCGCGGCGCUGGCCGCGCGCGGGACCACCGUGCUGGCGGCCACGGGCGACGGCGGGGCGGCGGGCACGGGCCGGACGCGGUGCGUGGACCGCGAGACGGGGGCGCGCCGGUUCGUCGCCACCUUCCCGGCCGGCUGCCCGUACGUGACGGCCGUCGGGGCGGUCAGCAACGUGGGGCCGCCGGUGGCCGGG